GCGACAACAACAACAGCAGCAGCACCCUCAUUUGCUCCUGUGGAAGAUAUAAACCAGCGACGAGACUCUGUAUCGACAAACUCGGUUUCUACCGUUGGCAGUGAUGACCGUAUCAAGUUUUCCGACGAUCGACAAAGUCAUAGCCGAUUCGACUUCUUGCUCAUGGCAGCCGAAGAAGAUCCGGUGGAUUUGGAUAUGCUCAAAGACAAUGAGAUUGCUGUGCAAUCUGUGGAUGUCAGGAACAUUCACGCUAACCGACAAGGCCCGCGUGACCAAGAGGAAGCUGGUAUGCCAAAGUGCACUUAUAUACAAUGCUUGCAUAUAACGUUUUAUAUAUGCUAUUGUUAGAUGAACCUGUUCGAGAAGGGAUGCGGCUUGUAUUUAAUAACAAAUUUAUGAGGGCAAAGGCAAAAUUCCAGAUGCACGCAGCCACUGAUCCACUCCAUGGUGUUGCAUUGGGUGUCAUUGCUACAAUCAAAGCCAUGAUGACUCAUGAUCAAACGGACUUGGAUAAAGCCAUGAGCACACUUGCAUCCGCUUAUACCAUUGCCCAGGCACAAAUCGAUGCUGUUUCAGUCAAACGAUCACUCAAGGAUUCCUUGACCCAUUAUUUCUCAGCAUUUAUGGUGAAUAAGAGUAUCAGUGAUUUUGGACCCCCAGCUGCUCCAGCGCCGACUACAGUAUCUUCAUCCGGAAUAACCAGUACGACUACAUUCUUAUCCAAUGGUGUAUUACGUGCGCAUGUUAUCAAGGCCGAAUGUUCUAUGCUCAUGGCAGUAAUGCAGUUGAGUCGAGAGAAUGUCGUUGAUUAUUUAAAGUGCGGAUUAAAUUUACGCCGAGCUUACAAAAGCUAUGUAAUUGUUUGGCAAGAGUACAAACGGAUGGGACAAGAGCAUACCAAGCACAUGGAUCGAGAUACUGUAUCUGCUGUUUAUUUUGGCAUUGGAUCAAUACAUUUGCUUAUCUCUGCUCUACCGCCUAAGAUUUUGAAAAUAUUCUCAUCUUUUGGGUUCACAAGUGACAAGGAGCUAGGUCUCGUGCUGUUGAAACUGUGUCUUGAAGGAAAAGGCAUCCGAUCCCCUCUUGCUGCGAUCAUGUUACUAUCAUACUACUCUAUCCUCACAUCAUCAGUGCCACAAUUGUAUAGCAGGGAACUUGCAGGACCGGCAGUUGAAUGUUUGCUAGAAGCACAAAAAAGCUUUCCGAGCUCAUGCUUCUUUUUGUACUUUGCAGCCAGGAUAGCACGGAUUGCAGGAAACUUGCCACUAUCGCUCCAAUCCUUUUCAUUUGCCAUGGACGCGAGCCGAAGCGAGAUGAUGGAAGUGGCGAUGCGACAUGUGACAUCAUACGAGAUAGGGUGGAAUCAUGCACUGCAGCUCGAUUGGGAGAGUGCUGCCAAAAAUUUCGAGGACUUGGCCAAAGAGAAGUACAGCCCCCCCUUUUGCAUGUAUCUGGUAGGCGCUUGCCGCGAAAUGCUGGGACAACGGACGCAAGGUAUACUUGCUUUUGCAGAGGUGCGGCAGCAACGCAUCAGCAACAACAAGAGCAACGGGAACAAUAAUAGUAGCACCGGUAGCUCAAGCAGCAGCAAGGACCAACAGCAUCCACAGCAACAACAACAACACUCGCCUCCGUCGGCGUACAUUGAGUCGUAUGUUUGUAAAAAAGUAGAGCUUUUCCAAAAGAGUGGGUACCAGGAUAUGGAUAUCAAUUUACCCAUGCUCGAGCUUAUGUGUAUCUGGAAUGCAUUUGAGCAAAUGGAGCAGGGAGCAUUAGAGCAGUGUCUCGAAAUAGUUAAUUCGGCACUUAAUCAUAUCCAUGAACGGGAACGACGUGAGCUCAGCAUCCGUACCCAGGAACUUGCACCAUCUGCGUCCCCGCCGGAUUAUUAUCAUCACCGCGCCCUUGUUCUUUUAAUCAAAGCAUCGCUGUUAAAUGCCUUGCAGCGACAUAGUGACAGUAUCCCGCACCUCAAUUGGAUCAUGGAUAAUAAGGAGGACUUAUCAUAUGAGACAGCGGCUUGGAUCAUUCCAUUUGCUUAUUGGGAGGCGGGAGUCACAAGCUGGGGCUUGGGUAACUAUGUGAAGGCUCGAAAACUAUGGCAACAAGGUCUUUCAUGCUCCAAAUACGAUUUCGAAUAUAAAAUGGCCAUCCGGUUCAACUUGGCUUUGUCAAAAUGCAACGAUGCCGGGAUUGGGCCUGUCGAAAAGUCAGCAACCGAGAAAGUGUUAGACAUGCAUGCGCAGAAAAAGGCAAUGUCUGUCGUCCAUCCUAUUAAUAGAUAAUCUGUUUUUGAUAAUACAUACAAAUCUUAUUGCUAGUACUAUUUUAUACAUAUUUUCAUCAUCUCUAUGUCUACCAAGACUGUCAUCACUAUAAUAUAAUAAUGUUAUUCUGUUUCAGUAGUACAUAUUUUGUCUGGAGGCUACAAUAAUAUGUAGCAGCAGUGUAUAGUAGGCUAAAUUGUUGCUAUUGUUAUCAUUUCUUCCACCGUAUGUAUACCCUUCACAACGGAACAACAGAAUAUUAGACCUUUCUACUACGUAGACGUGGUGAAACGGAGUGAGCGGAGGACGCUGAAGGGAUGAAAUGAGGGGCCAGCGCGCAAAAAAAAA